AACGCGCCUGAAACCUCUCACGGUAAUUCACGUGCAUCACGUGUCGGUCGCUGCCCGGACAGAAUUGCUGAUGUUAGAUCGCGGAAGAUGAUGUCUCAGGUGCCCCUAUUGGUGGUCCUGUCGUGCUUCACCCUCGUCAAGUGCGGGGACCUGGUUGUCGAUGACGCGGGAGGCAUCAUUAAAGUCCACUCUGACUGUAGCAAAACAAAAGAUGGCUUGUCGACCAUUACCCUGUGUGCUGAUCACCCCGUCGUUGUGACAUUCUUAUGCAAGGGUGGCGUUGUUGCUACGCCGCAAACACAAGACGGAGUCACGUACAUCCAAACAGCCGCCUUCCUACCUAAAAAAGGACCUGCCUGUCUGUUUGAGAAAAUGGCGAAAUCUGAAGUGUACAAGCUGAAAGUGCAGGUUGCCAGGGAGUCGAAAGUUGGGAACGUCGGCGUGAGUGACGACCACAACAACUUCCUCGUCACGUGCAGAUACGACGCCGAAGCGAAAAAUAUAACGGAACGGGAGACGAUCGAUGUCGGAAAACAUAUUUUCGAGGAGAUUUUUACAAACAGUGGCAGGCGACUGAGCAACAUUCCAGUCCAAAUGGCUGCCGUCGACGUACUCGGAAAACCAGUCAAAGUCGUCACCCUUGGUCGUAUCGUCAAGCUCCGUGCGAAGCUUACAGGAUCACAGCGUCUGAUUCCCGUCAGCUGUACGGCUGCCAACGGCUUCAGGGAGUAUCGGGUUCUGCUUGGGGGGUGCGGCGACGGCCUUGUGUUCCGGAAGAAGUCUGGUUUCAGGGUGAGGGGCAGAAUCAUCGACAGCCCAUACUUCACGGCCUUCCGUCUUCCGGGGACGAUGAAGAUGUGGUUCAAAUGCAACUUUACCGUCUGUCCUUUCGCAGCCAAGUGCGAUGGGAGUUCCUGCUACAUUGGCAACAGAAAAAGAUCGAAACGAUCCGCAGCAGCGUAUCAUCUACAAACAGGGAUGGAACAUGACAUGCCGGACGAGGACGAGGCGUCUGACAUUGUAGCCGCGACGUCUCCCGUCACCAUCACGCUGUCCUCCUCCAACCGACGACGACGACGACGGCGUGGUACAUGCCGCAUAAACCCCCACGCAUUCCUCUCUCGACGACCUCCGUGUCGUUCCGCCCCUCCAUAACACCAUCAGUAUUGAUGUACUCCUUUGGCAAUUAAAGUGGUGGUAGUGUU